AUGGAACUGGCCGCUACCGAGUCUGAAGGGAGCGGUGUCGGAUCACUCAAAACCCUAGACACUUCAUCCAAGGAAGCCCUACGAGACCGGGAAGAUAUACACGUCCAUCAGGGCAUUAGGCCUGAUCUCUCUGUCUACUUCAAAGAAACUCUUGAGGAUCGUUCUCUCGCCGAGAUUAGAGGCGCCACUGAGUCCAAAGCGCCGGCGAAGCAUAAAGAAGACAGUGCCAAAGGGAAGGCCAAACAACGCAGGACCCCCAAAGAGGAGCGUCUCCGACAGGAGCGUAGUCGUUACGCUGGAAAAGCGUCUUUCGCGCACAUUGUCGUGCCGAUUGAGGCGAAAACCAAGCGUACCCUGUCCGCUUUCAGUUUCCCUACCUCGAAAGUCGAUGCGGAGAACCCGGACUCUGCGGAGCCGCCGAUCGUUGAAAAGCAAUCAGCAACUGUUGAAGAUGCGCUUGGCCAGAUUUCGGAAUACUGCGCGACCAUAUUCAAUCGCCAACAUCGGACUCGGCUCAUCGCCCUCUACGUCCAUCGCUUCGAGGCACGGAUCAUCGUCUUCGAUCGUGGGUCAUGCGUCGCUUCCACUCCGUUCAAGUGGGGAUCUGAAGGCCAUCCCGCGCUGCAUCAGUUCUUCUGGCGUCUGGCUCACAUGACCAGGACAGAGCUCGGAUUCGAUCAUACCGUUGUUCCAUCGCUGCCGCCGGACGUCUACCAAGCACUGGACAAUUUCACCCACAAGCGCCUCCAUGAUACUCUGGGGCCCUUGGUGCGCCAAUACUCUCGCGCUUUGUCGUUCGACACGAAGACAAAGCAGUGGCCGUUGCAACUGAUGACCAUAGCGGGCAAACGCUACGUCGUUGGGUGCCCGACAACCAGGACAUCCACUCUUUUUGGAAAUGCGCGUCGCUACUAUGUUGCGUACUGCGUGGAAGAUGAAGAGCUACGUACCGUGAAGGACUACUGGAGGUUCGACGAUCCUAACAUUCCCCCGGAGCACGCAGUCUACAAACUCCUCAACGACCAUGGGGUGCGCAACGUACCUUCGUGUGACUACGGUGGUGAUGUCCCAGACGAGGAGUCAGACGGGCCUCAGCGAACGAUGGUUCUCCGUCGCACUCCUGAAGAACCCCAGAUUGGCUUGCCCGCUCACGUUCAUUACCGCAUAGUGCUCCGGGAGGUUUUCCAGCCGCUCUCUGAGUUCAAGAACUUCCAGUCUCUCUGUGGAUUCAUGGCUGAUGCUAUGGAAGCACAUUACGACGCCUGGCAUAAAGCAAGAGUGCUUCACCGCGCAGUCAGCACUUACAGCAUCGGGAUCCUUACAGCAUAUGACGACGAAAAGAAGGAAAUCAAGCCUCAAACUGCUUUGCUCGUUGACUGGGACUUCGCGAAGACGCGUGAUGAGAUCGAGAACGGUACAAAGCCUCGGCGUCAAGACAUUGUUCCGGGAGCUUGGUUGCACCGAUCCGCCCUCUCGCUGCGCUUCCCGACUCGUGGGUAUGGAGUCCAAGAUGACGUCGAGUCGUUUCUGCAUAUGUUCGAAUACUGCGUUAUCCGACGUCAUGAAACCAACUGCCCCGAUUUCGAGAUUACCGAAGGCAAAGACACAGUCCACUCCAGGCUGAUGCGCGUCGUCAAGGAAGUCUACACUGCACACAAGGUGCGAGCCUCAGACGGUGCGCAUGUCGGAGGCCGAGCAAAAUUUAAGAACAUGAAACGGGAGACCCCGUGGAUGAAGCCGAUCCCAGCCAACACCACCCUGACUGAUCUUCUACAACGGAUUGCGGGAAUUGGAUACAUGCACUACGUCCCCAUCGAUGACGACGACUUCGAAGUAGCCCUGCUGCCAAGCCCUGAGCUAGCUGGCGCCAGUUCCGCGACUUCAACCUCCCAAAUGCCCUCCGCGACCGGUGAUACUCUUCGGGUAGCCAAAGAGAACGGGCCCUUAAGCAGUCACACCGAACUCCUUAAUCUUUUUCGAGAGUUCCACAAGAAAUCGUGGCCUGAAAGCGACUUGUCGAUCGCCAAGAACGACCUGUUCGAGAGCGCGCGCAUCACGAUCAAGGAGAAUACCGGGUAUUGGAGACGCCAGUAG